AUGGAGAAAGUCCAGAGCAGUUUUAGGGCUGGAGGUCCGAAAACUUACAGUUUUAGUUCAACAGAUUCCAGUGCUUCUGCAAAUCUAGAUAAAUCUGUUCUUAAGGUGAUGAUAAAUGGUAAUUUGGAGAAAAGGAUUAUUGAUGUAAUCAAUGACCAUAAAAAACAAAAUGAUGACAAAGGAAUGAUUUCCAGAAGACUUACUGCUAAGAAACUACAGGAUGUGUACAUGGCUUUACAAAGAUUCUCUUUUAAGACUGAGCACAUUGAAGAAGCAAUGAAAAAUACGCUUUUAUAUGGUGGUGAUCUUCACUCUGCACUUGACUGGCUUUGUUUAAACCUUCCUGAUGAUGCCUUGCCUGAAGGUUUUAGCCAGCAGUUUGAAGAACAGCAACAGAAACCUAGAGCAAAAUUUUGUUCUCCGGUGUCACAACGUGAACCUCCACCUUGCAUAGUAGAUAACAAAAAGAAAGAAAAUGGACCUGAAUCUAAGGGCAAGAACAUGGAGAAAGAAGUGAGUAUGAAGGAAUGGAUUUUGCGAUAUGCUGAGCAACAGAGUGAAGAAGAGAAGAAUGAGUCUGUGAAAGAGACAGAUGAAGAAAAGUUUGACCCGAAUGAGAGGUAUGUACAUCUGGCUGCCAAGCUUUCAGAAGCAAAAGAACAAGCAAGCAUCUCCAAGCAAGACAAAGAUAAGCCAAGUCAGAAGGUAGCACAGGAGAAAAUAAGAAGAAUUCAGCAAGAAAUGGCAGUACUUGAAGAACAUCCAGUAUUUAAUCCAGCUGUAAAGAUUUCAAACCAACAACAAAAUGAAAAGAAAAAAACUCCCUCACCUCAGCCUCAAGAAACCACUUUGAAUUUGAGCUUGCUUGAAAAACCCGAUGGUGCUGCAAAGGAAGAGAAAGUGAAAAAGAAAGAACCUCUAGAUAUACGAAAUUUUGAUUAUAGUGCUCGAAGCUGGACCGGUAAAUCUCCAAAGCAGUUUUUGAUUGACUGGUGCAGGAAGAAUUUUCCCAAGAGCCCAAAUCCUGCUUUUGAAAAGGUUCCAGUUGGAAAAUAUUGGAAAUGUAGGGUCAGGAUUACAAAAUCAUCAGACGAUGUAAUGACAAUGUGUCCUACAAUCGUGACAGAAGAUAGUAUGCAAGCACAACAUCUAGCUGCUACUUUGGCACUCUAUCAUUUAACCAAAGGACAAUCAGUUCAUCAGUUACUGCCUCCUACCUACCGAGAUGUCUGGCUAGAAUGGAGGGACACUGAAAUAAAAAAGGAAGAGGAAAACAAGAUACAAACCAACAAACCUCGUGAUAACUUUAUUGCUAGAUUAUUAAACAAACUCAAACAACAACAGCAGCUACAAUCUGAAAACCAACCAAGAGUAUCUGAGGGCCCUGAAGAUUCCUGGGAAAACUUAGUUUCUGAUGAGGAUUUCAGCAGUCUCUCCCUUGAGACCUCAGACGCAGAUGAUUUGGAACCUUCCAGGAUUUUGUUCAAAAAGCUGCAAAGUUCCUCAAGAUACCAGAGGCUUCUGAAAGAGAGACAGGUGUUACCUGUGUUCAAGCACAGACACACAAUUGUAGAAACUCUUAAAAAACAUCGAGUAGUUGUUGUGGCUGGGGAAACAGGCAGUGGGAAGAGUACCCAGGUGCCCCAUUUCUUGUUAGAAGACUUACUGCUAGAUGAAGGAUCAAAUAAAUGUAAUAUUGUUUGCACACAACCCCGAAGAAUCUCAGCAGUGAGUCUGGCAACCAGGGUUUGUGAAGAGCUAGGCUGCGAAUCAGGACCAGGAGGAAAAAAUUCCCUGUGUGGAUAUCAAAUUCGUAUGGAGUCAAGAACAGGAGAAGCCACAAGACUACUGUACUGUACAACAGGUGUCCUGCUUCGGAAACUUCAAGAAGAUGGUCUUCUUUCAAGUAUAUCUCAUGUUAUUGUAGACGAGGUACACGAAAGAAGUGUCCAGUCUGAUUUCUUGCUAGUUAUUCUGAAGGAGAUCUUGCAUAAACGUUCAGACCUGCAUUUGAUUCUAAUGAGUGCUACUGUAGACAGUGAGAAGUUCUCCAGCUAUUUCUCACACUGUCCCAUUUUAAGGAUCUCUGGGAGGAGUUACCCUGUUGAGAUUUUCCAUGUUGAAGACGUAAUUGAAGCAACUGGCUAUGUUCUGGAGAAAGACUCGGAAUAUUGUCAGAAGUUCUUGGAGGAGGAGGAGGAAGUAACAAUAAAUGUUACUAGCAAAGGGGGAGGCACGACAAAGUAUCAGGAGUAUGUCCCAAACCAGUCUGGAUCUGGUAUCGAUUUGGCUCCUUACUAUGCAAAGUAUAGCAGUCGUACACAGCAGGCUAUCUUCUAUAUGAAUCCUUACAAGAUCAACCUUGAACUUAUAUUGGAGUUGCUUGCGUACUUAGAUAGAAGUCCCCAGUUCAAGAACAUUGAGGGUGCUGUGCUGAUCUUUCUACCAGGCCUUGCCCAUAUCCAACAGCUGUAUGAUCUCAUUUCAACUGACAGAAGAUUUAACUUGCGUGACAGGCACAGGUUGAUAGCUUUGCAUUCUGUUCUUUCAACUCAAGAUCAAGCAGCUGCAUUUACAAUACCUCCUCUUGGUAUUAGAAAGAUUGUUUUGGCAACCAAUAUAGCGGAGACAGGUAUUACAAUACCAGAUGUUGUCUUUGUAAUUGAUACUGGGAGAACAAAAGAAAAUAGGUAUCACGAAAGUAGUCAAAUGAGUUCCCUGGAGGAGACCUUUGUUAGUAAAGCUAGUGCUCUGCAGCGACAAGGAAGAGCUGGGCGUGUUAGAGAUGGAUUCUGCUUCCGAAUGUACACAAGAGACAGGUUUGAAAGUUUCAUGGAAUAUUCUGUUCCAGAAAUACUGCGUGUGCCUUUGGAGGAAUUAUGCCUUCAUAUUAUGAAAUGCAAUCUUGGCUCUCCUGAAGACUUCCUUUCCAGAGCAUUAGACCCUCCACAGCAGCAAGUAAUUGGUAAUGCAAUGAACCUGCUGAGGAAGAUUGGGGCUUGUCUGUUAAACGAGCCCAAACUGACUCCUGUCAAUGUAGAAAUUGGCAAAAUGCUUAUAUUUGGUGCUAUAUUUGGCUGCUUGGAUCCUGUGGCAACUCUGGCUGCUGUUAUGACAGAAAAAUCCCCAUUUACUACACCAAUUGGUAGAAAAGAUGAAGCAGAUCUUGCAAAAUCAUCUCUAGCAAUGGCAGUUUCAGACCAUAUAACAAUCUACAACGCUUAUCUGGGGUGGAAAAGGGCUCGACAAGAAGGGGGGUACCGUGCUGAAAUGACUUAUUGCAGAAGAAAUUUCCUUAAUAGGACUUCAUUGUUAACUCUGGAGGAUGUGAAGCAAGAACUCAUAAGGGUGGUCAGAGCAGCAGGAUUCACAGCACAUACAACACAAUGUGGAUGGGAUGGAAAUGGAGCCACACGAUCCCUUUCUCUCCACGAAAUAGCUCUUCUGAAAGCUGUGUUGACUGCUGGGCUGUAUGACAAUGUAGGAAAAAUAAUAUAUACAAAGUCUGUGGAUAUCACAGAGAAGCUGGCUUGCAUGGUUGAAACUGCUCAAGGUAAAGCACAAGUGCAUCCGUCCUCUGUAAAUCGAGACUUACAGACAUACGGAUGGCUCCUCUACCAGGAGAAGGUGAGGUACGCUAAGGUGUAUUUGAGAGAGACUACUUUAAUAUCGCCCUUUCCCAUUUUGCUUUUUGGUGGGGAUAUAGAAGUCCAGCAUCGGGAGCGUCUACUGACAGUUGAUGGCUGGAUCCAUUUUCAGGCUCCUGUAAAGAUAGCAGUAAUUUUCAAACAGCUGAGAGUUCUCAUUGAGUCUGUUUUAAAGAAGAAACUUGAGAAUCCUAAAAUGUCACUUGAAGAUGACAAGGUCUUACACAUCAUCAAAGAACUGAUAAAAACAGAGAAUGAUCCUGAUGAAGUCCAGUGGACAAAGCCCAUAUGGCAGAAAUUUGUAGGGAGCGCACCGUUGUCGUAUGCCAGCUCCUUGGCAGUGAUGGAAUGGAAGGGCAAAGAGAGACCAACAGUGGAUGAGGUGACUGGUCGGCUCUGGAAAUUUGAAGAAAGUCUCUCUUCUCCCCUUGUCUCAACUGUGGAGAAACUGUCCCAGAAGGUCCAGCAACUUGAAGAGACUAUGUCCUACUCUCCACCUGUACAGGCCAAUGCAUCCACCUCAAUGCCACCAUCACUGGACUGUGCUGACUUUGAUUUCUCACUUGGUGAAGAGGUGGCCUUUGGCCCCUGCACGCCGCAGCUGGAGAGCAGCGCUCUGGCACAGAUGCCCCCACAGCGCCUGCCUCCCCCCGAGCCAUGCUGGAGGGACUUGGCAGACCAGCACCAGAAGGCGCUGGGAGAUGCCCUGGAGGCAAACAGCCAGCAUACCUAUCUGGGGAAGAAAGGCAGCUGUGCAGGAGAUGGCACUUCAAAAGCUCUUCUUGACCAUAUUCAGCUGUAUAAGGGCUACACCAACAUUAUCACUUUAGUCCAGAGGAAGAACGUAUAUUUGAAGCAAGUCUUCUGCUUGACCCCAUCUUCCCCACCGUGGUUUCGUAUUGCACAGUAG